AUGGGUCUCGAUUACGAUAUAUCAACGAACGAACAGAACUUCGUUCUUGAAGCGCUUAAGCAAGAUGUUCGAUUGGAUGGUCGUAAACUAAACGAAAUGAGAGAGGUGAAUAUUAAAAUACUGCCUUCAGAGUAUGGCCAUGUGGAAGUGAGCCUCGGUAGAACGAGGGUAGGAUGCAAAGUGAGUUCGGAGAUAGUUAAGCCAUACGAAGAUCGUCCUUUUGAAGGUAUCUUUAUGAUAAAUAGUGAGAUAUCUCCAAUGUGUUCUCCGUUUUUCGAGGUUGGGGCCGGUGGUUCUGGAUAUGGCGUCGGCUCUAACUCCAGUCAGGCCAAUGAAGAAGUCUUGAUAUCUCGUAUGAUCGAGAAAGCCGUUAGAAGAUCCAAUGCGUUGGAUGUUGAGAGUUUAUGCAUUGUUGCUGGAAAGAAGUGCUGGGCAAUAAGAGCCGAUCUUCAAUUCUUAAAUUAUGAUGGUAACUUUGUCGAUGCUUCAUGUAUUGCCGUGAUGUCAGCUCUUCUUCAUUUCCGAAAACCGGAUAUAGAAGUGGCAGGAGAGGAUGUUGUCGUAUAUGAUACAAACCAACGGGAACCGGUGCCGCUAUCCAUUCUACAUAUUCCUAUUUCAAUUACCUUCAAUUACUUCAAUCCAAACGGUAGUGAGGAGAACAUUAAGGGUGAUUUGAACAAUGAACUUAUAUUGGUUGAUGCGGACUUGCUUGAGGAAAGAUUGAGUCUUGGUAGCAUGACAAUCACUUUGAAUAAGAAUCAAGAAAUAUGCCAGAUGAUGAAGAGCGGAGGUUUGAACAUCGAUGCCAGUUUGAUUAUGAACUGCUGCUCUUACGCCAGUAAAUUGGUGGAUGAACUAACAGAAAAGAUCCAUAACGUUUUGAAACAAGACGCAGCUGUAAGAACGAACAAGACAGAGGAGAAAGAGUUGAGAGUGUUUAAUGAGAGAUGA